AUGCCUUCUACAAUUACUCUCUAUACUGCCCAUCACUGUCCUUGGGCCCAGCGUGCUCAAAUCACCCUUCGAGAACUAGAUCUUGAGUUUGAGACAGUUCUUGUCAACAUCAACAUCCCUCGCACACCGGAAUAUCUCGCGAUCAAUCCACGUGGACUCGUACCGACUUUAGUUCAUGAUGGCCAUAUGUUGACUGAAUCUGGUCUCAUCACCCAAUUUCUUGUUGACUUGUAUCCCAGUCAUUUACUCAAGUCCAGCUCUGAGCCUGGUGGUGCUUUGCAGCGAUUCAAUGUGGCGUUUUUCGAUGAAUCCUAUUUCACCAAGGCUCAUUGCCAUUUCGACACGGCUAUAAUAUCCUGUGACGAGGAAGAGACCACUGCCGCUCAGAAGUACAUCGAUGGGAUUGUUAAUCACAUUGAACCUCUUCUUGAGGAUGCAGCGCCAUUCUUUGGCAACUCUAGCCGCCUUACGUUUGCAGAAGCAUCCCGGAAUUCUACCUGGUUUUUUUUUAUCGGGGCGCUUGAAGAUAAGGCACCAAACUUUUGGAGAUGGAGCCAUGCCGUAAUUGGUGAAGCGACGGUUACUGCGGUUUGGGAUGAAGAGGACGUCGUCAAGCGCACUUUUGACAAGAUUGAAGCAGCAAAGCUGCGAGGAAAAGCAUUGAAGUGA